GACAGCGUGAAGGUCAGCCAUGGAUCCACUCCAGGGACUCAUCCUGCUGCUCUCACUGGCCUGUGGAUGGUGCCAAUAUGCCUCCUUCAGCCAAAGCCCCUCUGAGAUCUCAGUGUCUCCUGGACAUGCGGUGACUCUGGAAUGUGCUGUGGCAAACGUCGCAGCGGACGAGGUCCAUAUGAGCUGGAUCCGGCAGAGCCCUGGACAGAAACCUGAAGGGGUGCUGGUCUUCAGAACGGAUCUGUCCAUUUACCGAGCUCCAGGGAUCCCGGAGCGAUACGUCCCCUCCAGAGACGCCUCCAACAAGAAGUUCCUGCUCACCAUCCGCGACGUCCAGGAAGGAGACGACUCCAUCUAUUUCUGCUUUGCCUAUUAUGGUUCAGAUGGAGUCCAGACAUGGGGAGAGGGGACCCGUGUGCGUGUGCUGAGGAGCAAUCUGCCCCAGCCCCGAAUCCAGCUGUUCCCUCCAGCCCAGGAGGAACUUGCCACCGGCUUUGCCACUCUGACCUGCCUGGUGAGUGGCUUCUUCCCUGGCUAUAUCGAUGUGCUGUGGAGGCGAGACUCCCAGGCCCAGGCCCAGGGUGUGAGAACGGGGCUCGUGGCACUGGGAGAGGACAAGACCUACUCGGUGAGCAGCUACCUGACGGUGCCGGCCAGCGAGUGGGGCUCGGGUGCCAGCUACAGCUGUGUGGUCAAGCACGAAUCGCUGGCGUCUGCGCUGGAGAAGAGCAUCAGGGGCUGGACGGAGCGGUGCAGGAGUGAGACGCUGCCCAACCCAGCCCGUAGCCCAACCCCUUGUGCCGGGGACACCGCGCCCUGGUCCCGCCUCCCCAUGUCCGUCUGGUCCCCCCCCCGCCCAUCACUUAGGCCCUGGCUCCGGCGGCAGCCACAGCUCCCAGCCCGGAGGGGGCGCGGGGGGGCGGCGAUGGAGGGGGGCAGCCGGGGCCGGGACGAGGGGGGCGCCCCCAGCCCCUUCGUCCACGAGCUGCGGCUGACGGGGGCGCAGAGAGCCAAGUUCUACCUACUGGGGACGGUGCUGGCCCCACUCCGUGUGGCCCUGGCCUUCGUUGUCCUCUUUCUCAUGUGGCCCUUCGCGCUGCUCCAGGUGCUGCACCGGUCUGGGGAAGAGCUGAAAGAGCCGCUCACGGACUGGAGGAGCUCCUUCUCCCACAGCUCCGUUUACCUCCUGAGCCGCCUGAUGUUCUUCCUCCUCGGCUUCAUGCGGAUCCGGGUGCGGGGGCAGCGGGCAUCGCGCUUGGAGGCCCCGAUCCUGGUGGCCGCCCCCCACUCCACCUUCUUCGACCCCAUCAUCUUGCUGCCGUGUGACCUUCCCAUGGUGGUCUCCCGCACAGAGAACCUCCACGUGCCUGUCAUUGGAGCUUUGCUCCGGUUCAACCAAGCCAUCUUGGUGUCCCGCCACGACCCAGCCUCCCGCAAGAAGGUGGUAGAGGAGGUGAAGAGACGGGCCACAUCCCAGGGAAAAUGGCCACAGGUGCUCUUCUUCCCCGAGGGGACCUGCUCUAACAAGAAAGCCUUACUGAAGUUUAAGCCAGGUGCCUUCAUUGCCGGGGUUCCUAUCCAGCCCAUCCUCGUCCGGUACCCCAACAGCCUGGACUCGACAACCUGGGCGUGGCAAGGCCCCGGAGUGCUCAAAGUCAUCUGGUUGACGGCAUCACAACUCUGCACCACUGUGGAAGUGGAGUUCCUCCCUGUCUAUCAGCCCAGUGCCGAAGAGAGCGUCAACCCCACUCUUUACGCCAGCAACGUGCAGAGAGCCAUGGCCCGGGCGCUGGGCGUCCCAGCCACCGAGUGCGAGUUGGUGGGCACCCUGCCGGUGCGGGCGGUCGGGCGCCUGCGGGUGGCGCUGGAGCCCCGGCUCUGGGAGCUGGAAAGGGCACUGCGGAGGGCCAGGUGGGUCGCGGGGGGACCCCUGCCUGAUGGUGGAGCAGAGACUCUGGGGUGCCAGGAACUCGCCCACUGGCUGGGGCUGCCCCACCCUGAGGCACCGGAGGAGCUCUGUGCCUACUUCCAGCAGGACAUGGGGGGCGCCAUGGACGCCCGGGCGGUGCGGCUGGCCCUGCAGGCGCUGGAGGGGGGGCACAGCCCUGAGGAGCUCACACGCCUGGCCUUCGAGCUGUUCUGCGAAGUGGGGGCCAGGCAGGGGGCCCCAUGCCUGCCCCGGGAGGGUUUCUGUGCCAUCCUGCGCCUGCUGCUGGGAACGCCCUGGGCCGACGGAGCCGAGCUCUUCGCUGCGCUGGGCGGGGCUGAGCCCCACCACGGUCUGAGCAUCGGUCAGUUCCAGGAUUUUGCCCUGCGCCACCCUGACUAUGCUCCACUCUUCAGCACCUACCUGUGCCUCCCAGUGCCCGCCCACCGGGCCCCCACCCCCCACGCCAACGGCCUCCCCCACACCAAGAGCAAGGCAGACUGAACCAUGCCCCUCCCCACCAUACAGUGACACCCCUUCCCCAGCACACUCGCUACCCGGGACACACCCAGCAACUCAGGGCUACAGGAAAUGGGGAGGAAACAGCCGAUUUCAGAGGAGGGGGAUUUAUUUUAUUUUAAUUAUUUUGGAAUUUAUUUUAUUUUUUGGAGUGAGGCGGGUGGGCUGGGUUUCUUCUGUUUUGUAAAAUGUAAACAAAUGCUAUUUUAUAUAUCAAAUAUCUAUAUCUCUAUGAAAAU